UCUUUGUUUUGUUCGUUGCCAUGGAAACGGUUUUGUUUACCGAAAAGUCAUGGAUCCGCUCUUCAAAGCAAUAAGUUUGUUUAGAAGGAGAAAAUUCGAAGAAUGCGUCGAAGUUUGUAGCGAAUUACUCGAAAAGAAUCCUUACGAUCAAGCAAUUUGGUGCUUAAAAUUAAGAGCUUUAACUGAACAAGUAUACGUUGACGAUUUAGAAGCCGACGAGGAAGGAAUUGCAGAGGCACUUCUAGAUGACAAUGCUAUUGCUCAAGUGGCAAGACCUGGAACAUCUUUAAAAACUCCCAACAGACCUCAAGGAACCAGUCAAUCAAUUCGUCCUGUCACUCAUGCCGGUCGUCCUUUAUCGGGAGUCGUCCGUCCCAAUACUCAGUCUGGUAAUCCUGGUUCUAUGGAAAAAGCAAUGAGAACUUCACGAACUUCUCGCACGGCCAGACCGGUAUCUAGCGCAUCCGGUAGAUUUGUUCGAUUGGGAACGGCUUCUAUGUUAUCCCAUCCCGAAGGCCCGUUCAUAAAUUUAGGAAGGUUAAAUCUAACUAAGUAUGCUUCUACUCCAUCACUAGCAAAACCUCUUUUUGAAUAUAUUUAUUAUCACGAAAAUGACGUCAGACAUGCUUUAGAUUUAGCCGCACAAGCUACGCAAGCUUGCCAAUAUAAAGAUUGGUGGUGGAAAUUACAACUAGGAAAAUGUUAUUACAGAUUUGGAAUGUAUCGUGAUGCAGAGAGACAGUUCAAAUCUGCUGUCAAGCAACAGGAUGCGGUGGACACGUUUCUUUGGCUUGCAAAGGUGUAUAUUCGUCUGGAUCAGCCAUUAACGUCACUCGAAGUGUACAAACAGGCAUUAGAAAAAUUUCCCGGAGAAACAAAUCUACUCACAAAUAUUGCACGCAUAUACGAGGGAUUAAAUGAUUUAAAUCUUGCUGUAAAAUAUUACAAAGAUGUUCUUCAAUACGAUGCAAUUAACAUCGAAGCAAUAGCGUGCAUUGCAACCCAUCAUUUUUAUUCCGAUCAACCAGAAAUUGCACUCAGAUUUUACAGGAGACUCCUGCAGAUGGGCAUCUGCAAUUCCGAACUCUACAACAAUCUCGGCCUGUGCUGCUUUUAUUCACAGCAGUACGACAUGGCCGUGACUUGUUUCGAGAGAGCUCUGACGCUGGCGACUGACGAUACUCUGGCAGACGUAUGGUAUAACAUUGGUCACAUGGCUCUGGGAAUAGGAGAUAAGAAUCUUGCGACUCAAUGUUUUCGACUGGCGCUGACGGCAAACAACGAUCACGCAGAGUCUUAUAAUAAUUUGGGUGUCAUUGAAGCAGUCAAAGGCAACACCGAUCAAGGAAAAGCAUUCUUUCAAACUUCUGCUAAUUUAGCAUCUUACUUAUUUGAACCAUUUUAUAAUCACGCUUUACUUGCCGAAGAGAUGGGCGACUUGCAGAGUUGCUUCAGCAUCGUACAAAAAGCACUGGAGGCCUUUCCAGAUCAUACAGAUUCUCAAGAACUGUUAGAGAAAAUAAAGAAAAUGUUCUCGACACUUUAAUAAUUUUUAAUUAUACUAAAAAAGGCUCAAUCACAUUUUAUACAAAUUAAGAGAAGCACCUCUAUUGUUAAUUGAUGACAACUAUUGCCUUAAUUAAAUUUCAGCCAAUAAAAGUGUUAUUUUAUCAACUUGCCAAAUGAAAUU